GGGAGAAGCAGGCUCCACGUGGGGAGCCCGAUGUGGGACUUGAUCCUGGGUCUCCAGGAUCAAGCCCUGGGCCAAAGGCAGAUGCUCAACCACUGAGCCACCCAGGCAUCCCUCAGCAUCCAUCUUAGAUAUCAGUUGCCUUAUUCGCCAAAUGAAUCCAUGUAUUUUUUGUUAGAAUACCUGUCACCAUCCUUGAAAUGUUGAUUCUGUUUUCAAAAGUCCUAGGUAUUCCUCAUUUCAUCUUUCACCUUUCACCUUUCAGGUAUGUGGUUCCUGUGUGGUAAUCUGCUAGGCUCACCCCUUAUCAGCUUUCCCUACCAUAUUCUGACAGUGGUCCAUCAAAAAUAAACUCAAGGUGUCACCACUAUAUUUUAUACUGGUUUAAUGAUUCUAAAAGCCCUAGAUCACUGCUUCUUAAACUUAGGCCCACAGAGGUAGUAUUCAUGAGUAUGUGGGAAAUCUUUUACAAGUAUUUGCUAACUUUUGUUGAUAGAACUUAAAAAAAAUCUAAUAGAAACACAUUCUGGAUCUUCUUGAUGACCAUCUCACAAUAGGGUAUGAACAUAUGAUUUUGUGCUUGUGUGUGCCUUUUAAAAAUUAUCUUUUAAUGCAGUGUUUCUCUAAGUGGGCUAAUACAAUGUAUUCUUGGGAAGCUAUGAAUUUUUUUAAACACUAGUCUAGACCAAGUUUUCAAAGUUUACUGAAGAACAACUAAUACGGUGGUAAAGAUUAUCUAAGAGUCAAAAUGCAUAUAUUAUUAUCCAGCAUUUCUUCAUCUACAGGGUAGGUCUUUGUUAUAAAAGUCUUAAUAUAUGCUUUAUUGAAGCAAUACUGACUAUACACAUUUUUGGUUUGUUUUAAAAGAUAGAUCUGGGGCUGUUGGGAGUAGGGAAGACAGACAACUUAUUUUAAACCUUGUAGGUUUUAGUGAGGAGUCAGGUGAAAGUUCAUAUGAACCUUUGGAGCUACUAUGAGGACAAAUCUUUCAAUCCUUCAAAGUUGACAUUAUUCGUCCAGGACUAUACACACCCUAUGAGGUAACUCUCACAGUUAAAGGCAAACUAAUGAAUAGGCUACAAAACUAUGGGGGCACAAAGGGGUGAAGAUGGGAGGUGAGGUCAGGAGUGAAGGGUGAGGAGAUGAAGAAUGAGGAACAAAUGUAUGAAAAUGAAGACUCAUUUAAGGGGUGCCUGGCUGGCUCAGUUGGUAGAGUGUGUGACUCUUGAUCUUGAGGUUAUAGGUUUGAGCCCCAUGUUGGGCUGAGAGGCUACUUAAAAAGAAAACAAAAUCUUUAAAAGACCCAUUUAGCGGCGAAGGAAGCCAUUGAGGGUUUGGUCGCAGUUUUUGAAGAUGCCGCGCAAGGGAAAGAGCGGUUCCAGGAAAGGGGGGAAAGGGGGAGCCGCCUCUGGGAGUGACAGUUCUGACAAGAAGGCCCAGGGUCCCAAAGGUGGUGGUAAUACAAUAAAGGUUAGACACAUUCUGUGUGAAAAACAUGGGAAAAUCAUGGAAGCCAUGGAAAAGUUAAAGUCUGGAAUGAGAUUCAAUGAAGUAGACACACAGUAUAGUGAAGAUAAAGCCAGGCAAGGGGGCGACUUGGGUUGGAUGACCAGAGGUUCCAUGGUGGGACCAUUUCAAGAAGCAGCAUUUGCCUUACCUGUAAGUGGGCCGGAUAAGCCUGUGUUUACCGACCCUCCAAUUAGGACAAAAUUUGGAUAUCAUAUUAUUACGGUUGAAGGGAGAAAAUAAAAUGGUAUGAAAGACGGAAAAAAAAUAAAAUAAAAGACCCAUUUAAAUUUGUGAUACUCAACCUAAAGAGUUGUAACUGGAAUUUCAGUAUUAGUCCUUCAGCAAACUAAAAAAUUUUAACUCCUG